CUUUAUGGAACCUGUAAUAGAUAGGCUCGGUCUGAGUUUGUGCGUGAAUCAAGGUACCAUAUAAUCGGCAUGACAAUCUGGAUAUAAUAACAACUGGGUGCAACCCAACCAUUUUCUUCUCAAGCCUCCUUUCGUCCCAAUAACACCCACACGUACACAAACGUUCUCCACUAUAUAAACAACAUUCAAAUACAAAACAUGAGCUUAUUGUUAACACCCUCGCAUCGCUCCAUUUCUGACAAAAACCCCUCCAUUGAUUUUAUAACUUGCCUUCCGUACCAUGUGCUCGAUUCUAUUUUUAGUAAAGUCAGCAGCUUACGGUAUUUAACACGGUGUACACGCGUGUCUAAAACAUGGCGAUCGUUUUUGCUUUCCUGGCCAGGUUUAUGGCGCGAUCUCUCAGAUUUAAGACUCAACAUUGCCCGAGAUCUCGUACAAUAUGAGCGUUACUUUGACGGAAAGCAUGUGCGCGUAGUACAUAUUCUCGGCCGCUCGAGAAGUGAACAAGAGCAAGCCAUAUUGUUCUUGGUGCAGCACAACUGCUAUUGUAUAGAAACAAUACGUAUUGCCUGUUAUCCGGAGAUCAAUGAUCGAUUGGUGGAACUUUUUAAAACCACAGGUCGUAGCUUACAGUCACUUCAUGUCUAUUCCGGCGGGUCCCAAUGUGUGCUCUAUACAGUACUGCAACAUUGCACCGCACUCAAGGACUUGCGAUAUUCCCAUUCCACCGAAGGAUUCGAAACACUAUCGCCAGACGAUGUAAUUGACGAAAAUAUACCAACAACGACACCCAUCCAAGACCUGAGUCUGGACGCGAUCAUGUCUUAUCCUUUACUUGAAAACACAUUGCGUCUGUUUCCAUGUCUAAAACGAGUGGAUCUCAAUGCAUCCAUUGUUGGUCGUGAUUGUGGACAUAUACUCGAGUUUCUGGCUACAUCUUGCCCACAGUUACAACAAGUUCAAUUUGGUGGUGAUCAUACAGCGCCAGCAUACAUCCGAAACAUAUCAACAUUAUCAUCGUCACCACCGCCACCUGCUAAAUCGGCUGUGACGGCAGCAGCACUGCAAAAGGAUAACGGUAGUAUCCGUGUUUUGGUAUUGAGUCAGCUACUUGGACUCAGUGAUACACAUCUUGUACCACUGUUCCUCAAACAUGGCAAAACUCUAGAAGCGAUCCACAUUGAAGCUUGCUAUACCUUGGGCGACGCAACAUUCUCUGCUCUGGCCAUGAGAGGCUGUCCACACCUACGGUACUUGUGCAUCCGGCUCAACUGUUUUAUGUAUGAAGCUGCAGCAUCGAUCGGUGAUAGCAAUCACGAUCAACAACAACAGCCUAUUCAUUUCCAACCCCACGAUUUGUGCACAUUUAUACGAAACGCGCCAUCUUUAGAGGAAGUCAACUUUAGCUAUCUUACUGGCGUCACGGAUCCAAUAGUGGAAGAGCUUGCUGAACUGAAGAAUUUGAAAGAGCUUGAAAUCAGUCAUUGUGAGAACGUUACGCAACAAAGUCUAUGUCGACUUAUUAUCCAGCAGCAGCAUAACAGCAACAAGAACGGCAACAAUCAUGGACGACAGCUGAAAAGCUUACAUUUGUUGGGAAUGAAGGGUGUCACGGACCAAGUGCUCAGUGCCAUUGCUCAAUACAUGGGUAGGCAGUUGGAAUCGUUGGAUGUUGGCAGCAAUGAUAACAUUACCGAGGCAGGAUUCAAUGCAAUAGUAGAUCGGUUUUCGCGAACCAAGGUUUUGAAAUGGUUGGGCGUCAGUCAUUGCUCGAAAAUCCACCCGGGUGCAUAUGAUUAUGCGUGUCAAAAGUUGAAAACAACAACGGUCUAUAGAGUAAAUAUGAAACCGGGCUAUAAUAUUGUCUUAUCACGAUAACAGUUUUAUUGUACGUACUUAUACCCUUGGUUCAUACCGGUUGUAUUGUUGUAAUCUACUAGACAACAAUGUAGUGAUGGUUUCACUAAAACAGCGUCAUGUGACCGAACAACAUCUCCUAC